ACUAGAAGGUCUCAGAAAGAAAGAAGACCUACUAUAUCAGAUGAUUUUGUAGUCUAUUCAGGGGAGGUAGAUUAUGACUUUGGGACGAUUGUAGACCCAGUAACCUUUUCUGAAGCCAUUAGAAGUCCACAGUCAGAUAAAUGGCAAUUUGCCAUGAAAGAAGACAUGUCAUCUAUGUAUGGUAAUGGAGUUUGGGAAUUGGUGGAAAUUCCUGUUGGUUUUAAACCCAUUGAUUGUAAAUGGAUUUAUAAAACCAAGAAGGAUGCAAAAGGAAAGAUUAAAAGGUUUAAGGCUAGACUAGUUGCAAAAGGGUAUAUACAGAAGGAAGGAAUAGACUAUAGAGAGACUUUUUCUAUGGUCUCUUCUAAAGAUUCUUUUAGAAUUAUAAUGGCUUUAAUAGCACAUUUUGAUCUUGAGCUUCAUCAAAUGGAUGUUAAGAUUGCUUUCCUAAAUGGGGACUUGUUAGAAGAGGUGUACAUGAUGCAAGUGGAAGGCUUUGAGGUAGAAGGGAAUGAGCACAUGGAUUGUAGAGCUGGUGUGGAUCCAAUAAAUAAAGGAAACAAAUUGAGUACUAAACAAUGUCCUAAAAAUAAUCUUGAGAAGGAGCAGAUGAAGGGAGUUCCUUAUAGUAGUGUUGUUGGGAGUUUAAUGUAUUCACAAGUGUGUACCAGACCACAUAUGGCUUUUGCAACUAGUAUACUUCGCAGAUAUUUGUCUAAUCCUGGUUAUGAUCACUGGAUUACUACAAAGAAGGCCUUGAGAUAUUUACGAAAAACAAGAGAUCACAUGCUUGUUUAUAGAAGGGUUGAAAAUUUAGAAGUGGUAGGAUUUACAGAUACUGAUUUUGCUGGAUGUACAGAUAAUAGGAAAUCCACUACUGGUUACAUAUUUAUGCUACUAGGUGGUGCAAUCUCUUGGAAAAGUUCCAAGCAAUCUAUUCCAGUAGCUUCUACUAUGGAAGUUGAGGUUAUAACCUAUUUUGAAGCAGGAGGCCAUGCCAAGUGGUUGAGGAAUUUUGCUACAGAAUUGAAAGUGAUUGAUUCCAUUUAUAAAGCACUUAAAAUUUAUUGUGAUAAUUCUUCAACAGUAUCAUUUUCCAAAAGCACUAAGAAUACUAAUGGUGCAAAAUUUAUAGAGUUAAAAUACUUCAAAAUCAGGCUAUGGGUUGAUAAUGGUGAUACUGAGUAUGAGCAUAUUGGUACAGAAGAUAUGUUUGUUGACCCACUAACAAAAGGACUUAAACCCAUUGACUUUGAAAGACAUGUGAGAAACAUGGGGUUAUCAUUUUCUUUAGAUAUAUUGGGUUAGUAUGAGUUAGUUAUUAUUUUUUUUAAGACAUUAUGACUGUUCAGUAUUUACAACAAUAAAGUUUAUUUCACCAGAUUUCAAUUUAUUAUGUGCUUUUACUUUUAUGCACAUGUUUGCUGUGAAUUCACGUCGGCAUAUAUAUGUGUUUCAAAUAUAAAGGGUAUAAGGCU